AUGGCUGAACAAAUUGAAUAUUUCCGCGAGCGUAUGAUAGAUGACCUCGAAAAGCUUCGGGAGAAACAAGUUUUUGAUCAUGCUGAAAUCAAAAAAAUCAUCAAGAAGAGAGAUGGCUUUGAACAGGCUUUAAAGUCAAGACCUACAAGAAAGAUUGAUUUUCUACGAUACCUCGAAUAUGAAAUGGGUUUAGACAAAAGCCUUCAAAUCAGAAUUGUAGAUUUAGGCAUUCAAGAUAGCUUUGGCAAACUGCGGUACUCUAUUCAAAAGAGAAUUUACGACUUGUUCAAACGUGCCACUAUCAGAUUCCGACACGACGUAUCUUUAUGGCUACAAUAUAUCGACUAUGCGCGACAGCAUAAUGCCAACAAUAUCGUAUCCCAAGUAUUUGUACAAGCUAUUCAGUACCAUCCUACGAAUGCAUCACUAUGGAUUAUGGCCGCAAUGUGGGAAUACGAACAUAACUCCAAUGUAGCUGCCGCUCGAAUUUUGUUACAACGUGCCAUUCGACUUAUGCCAGAAAAUCAGCAAUUAUGGAUACAGUAUUUCAAGUUAGAGCUUGUCUAUGUCGAAAAGAUCAAGUUAAGAAGACGUGUUUUGGGUAUUGAGCAACAAAAAAAUCAAGAGCCAACAAGCCAGAACGAUGUGGAGGAAGACGAGGAUGGCACCAUUAAUUUACCGGCUGUGACCGGUGAAGACGUGGAAGCUUGGAACAAAGAUCAAGCCAACAACAAAAAACUCUCAGAUCAGGAAAUGAGUAAAUUAGAGGACAAUCCCAUUUUACAGGGCCUGUUGACAAAAAUUGUUUAUGAUAAUGCUAUUCAGGCUAUUCCUGACGAUAUGGCAUUCCGUAAAAAAUUCAUCGAUUUGUACCGACAUUUUUCAGAUACAGCACCCCUUAUUGAACAUGUGUAUGAAACGAUUCAAGCCGAUCUCAGUAAUCAGACCUUCAAGGAUGCAACGGUGGCCGCUGAAGCCUAUGUAUUUUUAGCGAAGCGACAUCUGGAAGACUUCACUCUCUCUGAUCCAGCCUUUAUUCCAGCCUUUAGGAAAUGUGUCAUGGAAAUUGAAAGUGCUUUGACAUCAACAAUGGAAAGUGAAGUGAACUGUCACUUAUAUCUUGCUUACGUACAGUUCUUGAAAGGAUGGUACGAUUUAGUCAGCGAACCUAAUUUCAAACUGUACCUCUCAAAAUUGAUUGAAAAGACAUUCAAACGCUGUAGAAAAGAAAAGAAACUAUCAGUGAAAUUGUACGAAAUGUGGGUAAAGUUUUUGAUAGAAUCGACUCUGAAAGAAGAGAACGAUAAUAAGGCAAUACUGGAAACAAUAACCGAAGCUUUAAAAGUGUACCCAUCAUCAUCAGCUCAACUUUGGUUGGAUCGCAUCUCUUUAAUACCGGACAACCUUUCAGACGAAAAGUUACAAGUGUAUAAUACAGCUUUGAAUAACAUACCUGAUUCACUCUUAUUAUGGACAUCUUAUAAAGACUACAUCACUAAUCUACAACAGCAAGAAGAACCAGAAGAAAUAGACGAGAUGUUUGAUAAAGCAUGCCAGCAAGUGACAUAUCUAUUGCCUUCUGUAACUCAGCAAACUGAGGACCGUAACGCAAUCAAAGAUUUAAUACAAUGUGCUUACCUGGAUUGGGCCGCUUCGAGUAGUGGAAAUAUUGAGAAAGCCAGACAAAACUUUUACCCAACCUACGCUUUCUUCCAGAAAUGUAUCGAAAUAGAAAAUCAAUAUGGCACAGGUGAUAAGCAAGGACAAGAGAAUGUAGAAUACAUAUUCGACAGAAUGAUAUCCAUAGAUGAUGGUGAUAAAGACAGUGCUUAUCUUGGAUACCUCAGUUAUCUUCUUUCCCAGAAGAAAUUCCUCAAAGCAAAACAUAUAUAUACUAGAGCUUGUAAAGAAGUGCUUGACAAAGAGGCAUUCGAACUGAAGUAUCAAAAAAUAAAAAAAUAA